GAGCUCCGGCGCUGCUCCAUCCGGGUACUUCGCUCCACUGCCCCUUUCGCGCCGGUAACUGGAGAGCCGUGCGUCCAUGUGCGCAGUGAGUGAGAACGGAGAGCGUUGAAAUAUUAAAAUCCGAGUCGCAGCUCAGAGUUUCCCAAAUGGAUCCAGAGUCUUUGGUCGAGGCCCUGCGGGGGACUAUGGACCCCAACCUGCGAGAGGCUGCGGAGAGACAGCUGAACGAGGGUCACACUCAGAUAAACUUUGUGUCCACUCUACUACGAGUCACCAUGUCCGACCAGCUGGACUUACCCGUCAGGCAAGCAGGUGUGAUAUAUCUGAAGAACAUGGUCACCCAGCACUGGAGUGAAGGAGAUGGCUCUGGCACAGAGGUGGCUGUCAAAAACAUCCCAGAGGAGGACAGGCAGUUUAUUCGGGACAAUAUUGUGGAGGCCAUCAUCCACUCCCCAGAGCGCAUCAGGGUCCAGCUGACGACAUGCAUCCACCACAUGAUCAAGCAUGACUACCCCGGAAAAUGGACAGCAAUUGUGGACAAGAUAGGUUUUUAUCUGCAGUCAGACAAUAGUGCAGGAUGGCUGGGCAUCCUGCUGUGCCUCUACCAGUUGGUGAAAAACUAUGAGUAUAAGAAGCCAGACGAGCGUCAACCUCUGGUGGCCGCCAUGCACAUCUUUAUGCCAAUGCUCAAAGACCGUUUCAUCCAGCUGCUCCCUGACCCCUCCAGUGACUCUGUCCUGGUUCAGAAGCAGAUCUUCAAGAUCCUCUACGCUCUGUUUCAGUACAACCUGCCUUUGGAGCUCAUCAACAGACAGAACCUGACAGAGUGGAUGGAGAUCCUGAAGACAGUCGUGGAUAGAGAUGUGCCUCCGGAGACCAUGCAGGUGGAUGAGGAUGAGAGACCUGAGCUUCCCUGGUGGAAGUGUAAGAAGUGGGCUCUUCACAUCUUGGCCCGACUGUUUGAAAGGUACGGCAGCCCGGGUAACACAACCAAAGAGUAUGCAGAGUUUGCAGAACUUUUCCUUAAAGGAUAUGCGGUCGCUGCUCAGCAGGUGCUGCUAAAAGUCCUCUAUCAGUACAAGGAGAAGCAAUACGUGGCCCCCAGAGUCCUCCAGCAGACGCUCAACUACAUCAAUCAAGGAAUCGCACACGCUCUCACUUGGAAAAACCUCAAACCACAUAUCCAGGGCAUUAUUCAGGAUGUGGUGUUCCCCCUGAUGUGUUACACGGACAGCGAUGAGGAGCUGUGGCAGGAAGACCCGUACGAGUACAUCCGCAUGAAGUUUGACGUGUUUGAGGACUUCAUUUCCCCGACCACAGCGGCCCAGACGCUCCUAUUCACCUCCUGCAACAAGAGGAAAGAGGUACUGCAAAAGACGAUGGGAUUCUGCUACCAGAUUCUCACAGAUCCCACUUCUGACCCCAGGAAAAAGGACGGCGCCCUCCACAUGAUCGGUUCACUGGCGGAAAUCCUGCUCAAGAAAAAGAUUUACAAGGACCAGAUGGAGUUCAUGCUGCAGAAUCACGUGUUCCCCCUGUUCCGCAAUGAACUGGGCUACAUGAGAGCCAGAGCCUGCUGGGUGCUGCACUACUUCUGCGAGGUGAAGUUCAAGAGCGACCAGAACCUGCAGACGGCCCUGGAGCUGACCCGCCUCUGUCUCAUAAACGACAAUGAGAUGCCUGUCAAGGUGGAGGCAGCGAUCGCCCUGCAGGUUCUUAUCAGCAACCAGGAAAAAGCCAAAGAGUACAUCACCCCCUUCAUCCGGCCAGUGAUGCAGGCCCUUCUACACAUUGUCAGGGAGACGGAGAACGACGACCUCACCAACGUCAUCCAGAAGAUGAUCUGUGAAUACAGCGAUGAGGUCACUCCCAUUGCCGUUGAAAUGACACAGCACCUGGCCAUGACGUUCAACCAGGUGAUUCAGACAGGUCCUGACGAGGAGGGGGGAGAUGACAAGGCAGUAACAGCCAUGGGCAUCCUUAACACUAUCGACACGUUGCUGAGUGUGGUGGAGGACCAUAAAGAGAUUACCCAGCAGCUGGAAGGCAUCUGUCUGCAAGUGAUUGGCACUGUGCUGCAGCAACAUGUUCUGGAGUUCUAUGAGGAGAUCCUGUCCCUGGCCCACAGCCUGACGUGCCAGCAGGUGUCCCCACAGAUGUGGCAGCUCCUUCCACUGGUGUUCGAAGUUUUUCAGCAGGAUGGAUUUGACUACUUUACAGAUAUGAUGCCUCUCCUUCACAACUAUGUCACAGUUGAUACAGACACCCUCCUAUCCGACACCAAAUACCUUGAGAUUAUCUACAGCAUGUGCAAAAAGAUCCUAACGGGGGACCCAGGUGAGGACCCAGAGUGCCACGCAGCUAAACUGUUGGAGGUGAUAAUUCUGCAGUGCAAAGGCCGUGGCAUCGAUCAAGUUGUGCCCUUAUUUGUAGCUGUGGCAUUGGAGCGCUUGACACGGGAGGUGAAGACAAGUGAACUGAGGACUAUGUGCCUGCAGGUGGCCAUUGCUGCUCUUUACUACAGCCCUCCUCUGCUCCUCAACACCUUGGAGAACCUGCGCUUCCCCAACAACACUGAGCCAAUCACUAACCACUUCAUUUCCCAGUGGCUCAAAGACGUCGAUUGCUUCCUUGGCCUCCAUGACAGGAAGAUGUGCAUUCUUGGUCUGUGUGCUCUUAUCGACCUGGAACAAAGGCCCCAGGCUGUCAACCAAGUAGCCGGCCAGCUUCUCCCAGCAGCCAUUCUGCUUUUCAACGGCCUCAAGAGGGCCUACGCCUGUCGAGCAGAGCAUGAGAAUGAAGACGAGGACGAUGAUGCAGAUGGAGAAGAUGAGGAGGAUAAUGCCGAGCUGGGUAGCGACGAGGAUGACAUUGAUGAGGAGGGCCAGGAGUACCUGGAAAUGCUGGCAAAACAGGCUGGGGAGGACGGCGAUGAUGAAGACUGGGAGGAAGACGAUGCUGAGGAGACGGCGCUAGAGGGAUACACCACAGCCGUAGAUGAUGAAGACAACUUGGUGGACGAGUAUCAAAUCUUCAAAGCCAUACUACAAAAUAUCCAGACCCGUGACCCAGCAUGGUACCAGGCGCUCACGCAAGCCCUUGAUGAGGAACAGGGAAAGCAGCUCCAUGACAUCGGCACACUUGCAGAUCAGAGACGAGCAGCCCACGAAUCAAAAAUGAUCGAGAAGCAUGGCGGAUACAAGUUCUCGGUUCCAGUGGUGCCAACUAAUUUCAAUUUUGGCGGCAGCGCACCAGGAAUGAAUUGAGUCAUCCCUACUACUUUUUAUUACUCUGUGACUGAUUGUAGUGAAGUGAAAAAGCUUGUGUUGUUCCCUUAAGUAGUGGUUCCAGAACUGGUUCUUCUCGGCCAUUCUUCAAUCUGUCAAAUUGGAAAUAGCAUCAGAAGAUGUGGGGAAGCAACCAAGUACAACCAAUGGCUGGGGAAAACAAACCAAGAACUUACGCACGAUGCAAGAGGAGAAGAUGCUCUGAACAACGUUGUCUUUUGGAGUCCGGUGUGGAGGGGAUAUACCAUGAUGGCAACUCUUCUUUUUCUUUUCCACAGAAACAAAAUUGGGGGUUUUAACGAUUUGAAAUUGGUAAUGGAACGAAAUACUUCAUUAUUAUCCUUGUUUAGGCCAAAAAGCUGUUUAAAGCUCAUACCUCUGACAGUAAUGAUACCUACGUUAUUUUCUGCAUAAACAAACUCACGUUUAUGUACAUACAAAACCAUUUUUUCCUAUUAGCCUUGCAAAACAACCAGAGGCAUUUGUGAGGCGUCGACGGCUGUAUUCAUAUGUAGCAUAUCGGAUACUUCAUAGCACUAUGUGAUGCCUGAUCUCUGUAAAUUAACGACUAGCACUUUCAUAUUGUUCAGGUCUCCUAGCCUUCUGUACCAGACUGCAAUUUUUUUUAAACUGAAGACUAUUUAAGACAAAAAAAAAAAAAAAGCUGUAACUUUGUUACCUGGCAAGCAACUUCUCCUGUAAGGGUUGGUGGUCACUUGAAUUUGGUCAUGGUGUGGAUCAUUAGGCAACCUACCUUUGCCAACCUGGAAACAUUCUAGAUACCUGGAAAAAGAGACUGCUGGUGGUGUUCAGUGGGGGUACAGGGCAUGUGUUUGUGAGCACUGAAAGUACACGUGGAUACUUCUCUGAAGUAUGUACCAUUGGACUUGUCGUGAAGGCCUCAAGCUUUUGGUUGGUGUAUGGAUGAGCCAUCUAUAUAUACAACAACAUAUUAAAAAAAGCUAAGGGAA